UGUUUCUCUCUACUCUUCUCUUUAGCCGUCACUGUAAACUCAAACUCGGAAGAAGAUACAAUAUAAAGAGAGUGUACAACAAAACACAAGAGGAAGAAGAAGAAGAAGAAGAAGUAAAGCUUGACUUAAUCACUUUUUUUUUUUUAGUUUUUAGUCAAUUAAAUUCUUAGUUACUUAUUAAGAUCUGUGAAAUUUUGAUUUGGGGGGAAAUGCAGAGACCGACUAUGAAUAGAGAAAAACGGGGUUUAGGUACAAGUGAAGCUGAAGAGGGUCAGCCUGAGAAGAAACGACCUGCUCUUGCUAGUGUUAUUGUGGAAGCUCUCAAGGUGGAUAGUCUUCAGAAGCUUUGCUCAUCUCUGGAGCCCAUUCUUCGUAGAGUUGUUAGUGAAGAGGUUGAACGUGCUCUUGCAAAGUUAGGUCCUUCUAGGAUCAAUGGAAGGUCUUCUCCAGUAAGAAUUGAAGGGCCUGAUGGAAGAAACCUGCAGCUGCAGUUCAGGUCCAGGCUAUCGCUGCCCCUAUUUACCGGAGGGAAAGUAGAAGGGGAGCAGGGUGCAGCAAUCCAUGUCGUUCUGUUUGAUGCAAGCACACGCCGUGUCGUUACAUCAGGACCAGAGUCCUCAGCUAAACUCGAUAUUGUUGUCCUUGAAGGAGAUUUCAAUAACGAUGACGAAGACGGGUGGACUCAAGAUGAUUUUGAAAAACAUUUGGUCAAAGAGCGGGAGGGCAAGAGACCGCUUCUGACAGGUGAUGUGCAUGUAACACUCAGGGAAGGUGUAGGAACCCUAGGGGAGCUCACAUUUACUGACAAUUCUAGCUGGAUUCGAAGCAGGAAGUUUAGGCUUGGCCUUAAAAUUUCUUCUGGAUUUUGUGAGGGUGUUCGAAUCCGAGAAGCCAAAACAGAUGCAUUUACCGUGAAAGAUCACAGAGGAGAACUUUACAAGAAGCACUACCCACCUGCGCUAAAUGAUGAGGUGUGGAGAUUGGAAAAGAUUGGAAAGGACGGGUCAUUUCAUAAGAGGUUGAAUAAGUCUGGGAUAUACAAUGUCGAACAGUUUCUCCGUUACGUAGUCAGAGAUGCUCAAAAGCUGAGAAAUAUUCUUGGCAGUGGCAUGUCGAACAAGAUGUGGGAAGUUCUUGUGGAUCAUGCAAAGACUUGUGUCCUGGGUGGAAUGCUUUAUGUUUAUUAUGCUGAUGAUACAAGGAAUGUGGGUGUCGUUUUUAAUAAUAUCUAUGAGUUCACUGGUCUUAUUUCUUCUGGGCAGUAUGUUUCUCCUGAUUCUGUAACUGAAUCUCAGAAGGUUUAUGUGGAUACCUUGGUAAAGAGGGCAUAUGAAAAUUGGAUGCAUGUUGUGGAAUAUGAUGGCAAGAAUCUUCUAGGUUUCAACCAGAACAAAAGAGGUCCUUCUACUCGAUCAGAAGUUGCGAUGAAUGUACCAGAUUAUACUACUGCAUAUGAUCAACAUCAGCAAGUCUCUGUUCCUCGGUUACCUGGUCCUGUUCCAGUUACAGUUCCAGUUCCAGGUCCUACAGUACAUUCUACAGUGGAGCCAAACUUGACUGUCGGUGCUGUAGGUUACAAUGACAAUCCAGCAAACAGAUACCCGAUGCAACCUCACCAAGUAAACUCUAACAGCCGUGCUCAGUUUGAUGGCAACACUUCCAACGAAAAUCAAAUCAUACGCAGUAAUAAUGCGUCUGGGUUGGCUCUCGGUCCGCCACAACCAUCCACCUCAGGAUUCCAGAUUGGCGGUCCAUCUGCUGUGCAACCAUCAAAUGUUCCUUAUGAUGACUGGGCUCUCCAACGUGAUAAUAGGGGAGUAGAUGACAUGUUCUCCGAGGAAGAUAUCCGCAUGAGAAGUCAUCAGAUCCUCGAAAAUGAAGACAUGCAACAUCUGCUUCGUCUCUUCAACAUGGGUGGACACGCUUCUUUUAACCCAACUGAAGAUGGGAAUCCCUUCUCGUCUUACCUACCUUCUCCAUCACCAAAUUACAGCUAUGACGAAGAUCGUGGUCGUCCAUCUGGAAAAGCUGUUGUUGGGUGGCUAAAGAUUAAGGCCGCCAUGAGAUGGGGAAUUUUUAUCAGGAAAAAAGCUGCUGAAAAGCGAGCCCAACUAAUCGAGUUGGAUGAUUAACAGAUCCUGAUGUAGGAUUCUUCUAGAGCUACCACAGUUACCAUGUACGCUGCAGAAGUCUUCCUCGCGAGCGAAAUAUUAAGUUCUGAACUGAUCGGAACUGUUCUGGCUCUUAGGGGGUGGGAGGCCUGUUGUUGUACAGUUCUUGCCUGUACAGUAAGUUUUUUCUUUUUCUUUUAUUAACAAAAUUAUUAAUAAUUGCGUGUUCUUGAUUUUUUCCUUUGUUAAAUAGUUUCUCUCAGCACUCUUGGAUGCAUUUUUGCGAACAAUACACAAGAUUUGGGGGUAGUUUUAUGUAAAACCCUUUAGUUGAAACUGUUGCAACGAUAGGAGACUUUUUGUGAUAUCAGAUGGUUACCCUUAGACGUCUCUGUUCAUUUUCUUAGAACUGUACAUUUGUGAAGCGGUCGGUGAAGUACCUUCUCAUUUGCUGUACUUAGCAAUGUAAUAUCUCAGAGUUUGCUGA